AUAUAGGCCAUCUGCUUAUUUAGAAAUUAUACAAAAAGUACGAGAAUUUGCCGAAUGAACGAAGCUACGUGUACCAAAUAUGCUUUUAUUUUUGAGAAACUACCGGAAAUAAAUCCUUUGUUCCGUUUGACAUAACCUAUCUGCUAACUUUUGGCACAAUGGCAGUUAUCAGAUACUCUUAGUUCUGAAAAUGGGACUAAGUUCGAAAAUGUAUCGAAAAUUCGAGUAUUUUAACUCUAAUAGGCUGUUAUUAUGAUCUGGUCGAAGUAUUUGUUCUUUUCAGAGCUUAAGUUGCUGGUAUUUUACGUUAAUUUUGAGCUCCAAAGCUAGCCUUCUGUUCGCUGUUGUCAUGGAUGCUGAUUUUCUGCUCGCCAGUCAGCUUCAGGAGCAGUUCGACAACGAAUACCAGAGGUCCCAGUUCCCACCAGAGUGCUUUCUGGACGAUGAACCAGGACAGAGCCGCAAGAAACCGAAAGCUGAGGCAUCUGGAGGUGGCAGCGACGCUACUCCCCGCUGGAAACCGCCGACCUUCUUGCCAGAGAGGCCGCUGAGUAUCGUAGACGAGUCCUGGGAGAUGCUGGACCCCAACCCGGACGUGAGGGCCAUGUUCCUGGAGUUCAACGACAUGUUCUUCUGGGGGAAACUUAGCGGAGUGGAGGUCAAGUGGAGCCCCAGGAUGACUCUGUGUGCCGGCGUGUGUUCCUAUGAAGGCCGAGGUGGACUCUGUUCAAUCCGGCUCAGUGAGCCUCUGCUGAAGCUGAGACCCAGAAAAGACCUGGUGGAGACUCUCCUCCAUGAAAUGAUCCACGCCCUCCUGUUUGUGACCCAGAACAACCGAGACAGAGACGGCCACGGACCCGAGUUCUGCAAACACAUGAACAGGAUCAACAAGGCCACCGGGACAAACAUCACUGUCUACCACAGCUUCCAUGACGAAGUCGACGUCUACCGGCAGCACUGGUGGCGGUGCAACGGGCCCUGCCAGAGUCGCAAGCCUUACUUUGGGUACGUGAAGAGGUCCAUGAACCGGGCACCGUCCUCUCAGGACCCCUGGUGGGAGGACCACCAGAGAACAUGUGGUGGGACUUACACCAAGGUCAAGGAGCCUGAAGGAUACGGGAAAAAAAACAAGAAGGAGACGAAGGCCUCAGAGAAGAAUAUCGUAGGAAAUGGGAAGCUCUCAAAAACAGGCAAAGGUUCUGGAUCUCAGGACAUAAGGAACGUCAUCCCUUUCAGUGGGAAAGGCUUCCUCUUAGGAGGAACGUCCCAAACCUUCUCUUCUUCCUCCACAUCUCACUCACCAUCAGUGUCUGCUUCAUCCAGCUUCAUCUCCUCACCUAAAAUAUCCUCAACCCCUUCAUCUCCUUAUAGAAGUCUCUCCUCUCCAGUUUGCUCUGGCUUAUCUGAUCAAACCAACUCAAUCUCAAACACCCCACCCUCUUUCAGACCAGCUAGCACCGCUGGAGGAAAACCUCCUGUGAAGAGGUCCGUUGGGAACAUCAGAGUUUUUGUCAACAUUAACGGCUCACCUGUUAAAGCUCCUAAAUCUCAGAGUGACACUGGAAACCAACGAGGAGCUAAGAUUAAACAGACUUCCAUUCAGGAUCUUUUUACCAGCACUAACCUCAGGAAGUACUCUAUAUCAGAGCCUGGAGCUAAAAGAGACAUGCCUUCAUUACCAAACAUUUCCACCGAGGCUUCUCCUUCCAUUACAUCUAACUCCAAUCAGCAGCAUUCACCUCUAAAAUCACCUGAAGGCAGCACUGCAACAUCAACUCAGUCCAAAUAUUUCAGUGAUUCUGGUGCUUUCGUUACACUCGGGUCUGCAGGUGGAGGUCAGACGUCGAGGAAGAGGUCAUGGGAUGCCCGAAGCAGCUCAGCCAUGAUUUUUGAUUUCUUUCAGAAGACAUUAAGCAGCAAUUCAGCUACUUCAAAGGAACCAGUACAGACCCAGUCAGCUUCUGGCGUCGCCCCCUCCAACCUAUCAUCGCUUCAGUCCUCGGCAGGACUGCACAGUGGUGCCUCCUCCUCCUCCUCCUCCUUGGUGAUGAUGGUCAGCUGUCCUGUUUGCCAAACUAAAAUCCAGGAGCGAAGGAUAAAUGAGCAUCUUGAUUCCUGCCUCUCUUGAAUUACUUUUAAAUUAAAAUCUCUCCAGAUUUGGGUUUCUUGUUGCACAGACGCCUUUUAGCUGUGAUAUCUGGGAAAUUUGGUCAAAUGGUAACCAUCUUGUUUGAUUAACAUGAGUAGAAACAGUUUCAGUGCCUCUAGUUGUAUUUGUCCCCAUACUCUUUAUCAGCUAUACACACUAGCAGAGUAGUUGUAGGACUUUCCAAAAAAUGUCUGUGAAGCUGAAUUUUCUAUAAUAUCAGGUGUGUAGAAUAAACUCAGGUCUGAAUUCUUUGAAUUUAACUGCCUUGAAAGCUUAGUUAAAUAAGUGACAUUUUGAAGAUGACUGUGAUGUGCAAACAGACCGUUUCUGGUUCCAAAUCCAAGGCUCUCCUGUGGGUUGUGGGGUUUAUUUGUGCUUCUGUCCUCUACGUCAGAGCUGCAUCAGGAGAGUGACCCCUGCUGAGCUGUGCGAAUCAGAUUUCACUAUCGUUGGCUUUUUAUUUUUGCACGUCUUCCCAGUUACACUGCACUCAGCUGCAGAGGGAACACGAUGCAAAGGGAUCGAUUGUGCACUGAUAUCACCAACAUUUCUGCAGGAAAUAAAAGAGUAUGAUGGAGAUGUUUCACUUUGUAUUGAUGUUUAUAAUCCUUUGUGGGUUUUUUUUUUAAUAAGCACAGUAUGUUUCUUCCUUCUUUCACUAAAUAAAACAUUUUAUUCCUUA